ACUGCGCAGACUCCGCCUCCGGAUCCCCAAAAUGGCGCCUCCCAUAACUCCAGGAUUCUAGCGUCAAUUUGUCGAAUAUAAAGGAAGUGGGGACGCGUCCUGUGGGAUUAGAAGAGUAGUCGAGUCGCGUCUUUAUUCUGAAACUGUCGGUGCGGAAGUCCGAUUGUUUUCCGUCGAAGUUAAAGGUGCAAGACACGAAACAGGGAAUGAACCCGACGUAAACUGUGCUCCAUCAAUCUGAAAGGACUUCUGCUUCAAUAAGGUGGAGAAACCCCAGAGUUUGUGUGAACCUGCUGACUAGAAGGCCAACUUGAAGGGAAAUACACGGAGCAUGGAUAACCCCAGCAGUCUGGAAAUCUACAUCCCCGUGGAGGCUGAGGUGAAAAGCAUCCCCCUGCAGAGCUUACCGAGGUCAAUCCUCAGAAGAAUGGGACUCUUCCCCGUUGAUGCCAGGAAACUCGAUGACUCGCCCGACGGCAUAUGGAUUUGUCCAGCGGUAAUACGGAGGAAAGGCCAGAAAGGGUCUUCGCACACGGGAAGCGACGAGGUAGAAAACGUGUCCUCGGCGCUGGGCCCCGACUUCUGGGCUACGCAGGGUCCCAUCCAGAUGUCUUUUGUCGCCUCCAGCCGUACGGCUUACAAGGUGCUGAAAAACGCCUUGCCCGGGAUACCCACGUCGGACACCUCCCUGUUACCUCAGGGCGCGGCAUCUCAGACUAACAAAGAUGCUCUCGUCAUCUACCGCGGACGCAUCUACCUGUCCAGAAAGACCAAUCAGGGCCAUGAUCGACAAAAGGGACAUGAACAACAGUCAGUCUCCCAGUCUUCCAGUCCCUCGACGUCAGACGUGUCACAUAAAAGGCGGAAGAAGGAGCCGCAAAACAACAACAGGCCUAAGAAGAGACAGAAGAGAAACGCCCCGUCCAAAAUAAGGCACGACAGAAACAAAGGGACUGGUGUGCGCGAGGGAAGCGACGUCUCCUCAGUCAAAGCCGUGAGUCCCGUCUCUCAGCCCGCCGACAGCGUCCAGAGCCCGAACAAGGCCAGGACGGAGCACGUGUCGGGUGAAGCGCAGAACCCGAGCUACAAGGAGGCCGAGAGCACGGACCAGAACGAGGAGAACGAUGCGGACGUGCAGAUGGACAGAGGGGAAUUCGAUCAAAGCCUCGGCCUCCAGACGACCAGGACGGAGCCUCUGGACGCAGCCGCUUCCUCUACGUCGCUGCAGAUGGGCUGCGACUUCAACGAGCUGGAGCAGGAGGAGAGGAUCGCUCGGAUGAAGGCCCGACUCAGAAUGACUCUGAAGAACCGGCCGGAGUGACGCCACGUAGGGACGUCAGGUUCUCUGCAGAAAUAUUAGCCUCGAACACAUGUACAUUAGUCUGCUGUUAUUUAUGGGCUUAGGUUUCUGAGCGUAAAACAUCACAACCGCAUCUGUGAAGUGACAAUGACCGACACACACGGACAGGAGAAGCCUAAUCCCAUCGGCUCCCGACGGUGGUUCACGUUCUCUCAUGAUUCAUGAUUCAGGUGCAGAAGGAGAUAAUUCAGUCAUGAUUUUUUUUAAAUUUUAUUUAAUUUUUUGUACAAUAGUAUUCUGGAAAAACAUACCGUUAUAUGUAGACGUUGUCUUUUUAAUUAUAUGUUGCCUUUAUGCUAAUGAGAUGUGAAACAUAGUUAACUGUGCUACUGGAAGUGCGAGCACCACCAACCUUACAAUCAUUCAACAAUCUACUGUAGCACCUGUAGCCACAGGUCGUAGUCUUCAGCUUUCACAGCGUACAUAGUUUGUGUUGUUGAACUUUCGUGUUACGCAAAGAGAUAUUUCUAAUAUUCAUCCCCGCUGACUGAAGCAGCCUCCAAACAACAAAGUGCUAAACAUCAGAGUCUUCGUGGGAGCAGGUGCCCUGGAUUAGCUUCAGCUAGGUGGAGCUGACAGACUGGUUGUUUUCUCUCAUUAAACUUUGUUCCAGCCAA